AAUAUCGACGUAAUUAAACCGGAAGUUCGUUGUAUCUCAAAAAGAAUACGAUGCUUCGGCAUGGCAGUAAAAUGUAUGGAAGGGCCUUUUGUGUUCAGACUAAAUGACAACGGUACCGGACCGCAUCUACUUGUACAGGUUUGCACGGAAAGGGGAUGGCGCGAGUACGCCGGUGAAAAUAAUGUAUUCAAAGAUCGAUGGAAUUUAUGGUGGCGAUCCGGCGGUUUCCCCACAUCACAUUACAGGCCAUUAUUCCCUUGCCAGUUCGUCAAUCGGAUACCAAAGGGAAAUUCCAUCUGUCGAAAGGAUAAGCUUAUCCGUCACUUAAAGUGCAUGAAAAAAGUCCAUGGUGCGAUAUAUGAUUUCAGUCCCGUAGGAUAUAAUCUGCCUUCUGAAUAUACGAAAUUGGCUGAAGAGUGUAGUCGUUGCGAGAAAGAUGAUAAAAUUUGGAUUUGCAAACCGGUCGGCCAAAGUCAAGGAAGAGGAAUCUUUUUAUUUCGCAAAUUAAGCGAUCUAUCGUAUGACAAUGCUGCGGUUGUACAAAGGUAUAUCGAGAAUCCUUUGCUAAUCGGAGGAUACAAAUUUGAUCUUCGCUUAUAUGUAUGCGUGCCAUCGUAUCGCCCAUUAACGAUUUACUUGUACAAGGAAGGUCUGGCUCGUUUUGCCACUGAAAAAUUUUCCUUGGAGCGAUUAGAUGAUCCCUUUCGACAUCUCACAAAUUUUUCUCUGAACAAACUGGGACCAGGUUACUCGGAAAAGAAAGAACGCAUCGGUGCCGGAUGCAAAUGGACAUUUAGACAACUGCGGAGAUAUUUCGAACAGUCAGGAUAUUUUGAUUGGAUUCUGUGGCAGAGAAUUUCCUGUCUCGUAACUUUAACAAUUCUAAGUCAAGCAGCAGGCAUUCCUAAAUCUUCGAAUUGUUUCGAAUUUUUUGGCUUCGAUGUGCUGAUUGACGAAAAUUUAAAGCCGUGGCUCUUAGAGGUGAACUUAAGUCCGGCUUUGAGUAACGACUGCGAAGUUGAUUCAGAAGUGAAAAAACCUCUGUUGCAUGAUUUGUUUGAUUUAUUGGGUCUUCCAGUAUGUAAUACCGGACUUUCUCUGUUCACAAUCUGGUCCUCCCCCGAUCGCAUCGAGGAGGAUGAGGGCGAAGUGUCUUCCAAGUUCGGCCGUUCCGUGAAAAAGAGAUCGAAACUCGGACGAGAAGCUGAAACUUUUCUAAAUUUUUCCUCGGAGACCCAAGCCACGUUGCGACAACCGGAAGUUUGUCCUACUACCUGGCCGCGUCAUUACAACCAGCUGUUAAUGGACAAAUACAUACAUCGAUAUAAAGGAAAUACGAUCGAGAAUCAUGCGUCACCGCCGAUUUGGGACAAUGGCAGAGAUUGGAGGACUUCCUGCGUAAGAGAAGGCGGAUGGAUUCGUAUUUGUCCGUUUAUUCGGACGGAACAUAUGGAGAAUACGGAGUACACGAGACCAUCACCCAGAAUUGUUGAAAAUGAAAUCAAGAAUAUGGUCCUUUCUAUACAAAAGUAUUUAAAAGCUGCAAAGGAAGUGCAGCAAAGAAACGAAAAGCUCACGGACGAGCAGUGCAAUGCUCUUUUGCGAAAUGCGCUUGAAUUAAAUACAGAAAUUUGGCUGCCAGAAAAGUAAAAACCUAGGAGUCUAGGUUUUUUGCUCACGAUGUUCAAAUAAUUUAUUUUACGCUUGUUCAUAUAGUGUUAUUUUAAGAAAUAUUUCGUACGAUGUUCAAUGCACAUUAUAGUAAACGUGCAUUUUUUCGUUCCAUCAUC